UACUUUCAUCUAACGGCUUUGACCGCAUUCGAAAUGUUGUUGACCUCAACAGCGUCCCUUGCUGUAAUUGCCCGUUGCCCAACGCAGUACUGGGCUUCUUCACGCGCUCCGCACCCUUCAAAGCAAGCGACGCGUUAGGCUCUUUCGAACCAAUAGAUUCGAAUAAGAAAUUAGCAUUAUCGAAAGAGUUGCCGCCCGCUAUUCGAAUAGCAGUCCAGGGUUUUGAUCAGGCGUUGCAGGACCAGAAAACGCUCAUCGGGAAUAUCAACAACGACAUUUCCGGCAUUUACAGGAUGUUAGAGAAGAUUUCCGCUGAUGUCACGAAGCGACGCCCUAGGGCCAAGCUGGUGCAGUGGCAUCAAGGACUAGUCAAAAUCGAUACUGAACUUCGGAAUAGUAAAUGUCUCUAUGAUGAUAUCAAGUUCGGCAUAAAGAUUGCCAUGUACUUAAGUAGGCACCCGCAAAUCUAUGUUCGUCACAUCUACUUCGAAAAAAAGAUUGAAGUGUUCAGGCGUCAGCUUGAGGAUAUCAGGUGCUGGAUAGACAAUCUCGAUGUGCAACGCGCAUUUAAACGCCGAGCUGCAUCCCCGUCAUUAAGUGAGAUAAAAAAAGCGCUGCAGGUGCAACGUUCAUUAUUGCAACGCCUUGCUCAGAAAUACGCCUUAACUAAAGACAGGAUCCUGCUAACCGAGCGUGACGCGUACGGACUCGUAAAGAACGUCAUUCCAUAUUCACAGCGCUUCAGCAUGCCUCGAAUACCCGACAGUGAGCGCGUCAUAUCCGUGUUCAGUCCACUAGACUUCGAGCGCCGUCCUUCUGACAACGUACUUGUACCAAAAUUCAUUUUGACGCAACGAGAUGAGGUUCAACGAGAUGCACCAUCAAAACUAGCACGAGGUCUCUUUAAACUCCCGAAAGAGGAUAAACUAUGGCGGGAGUUAGCGAGAGAAGCCGAGAGAAGAGACGAGAAAUCGAGAAAAAAGAAACUUCAAGCAGCAGAGGCCGAGCGCACGGCCGAUAAAGUUCGAAACCAGAAAGGACCAAGAAGGUCCAAGAAUCAACAGGCGCACUUUUUGGAUGAAAGUAGCUAAUAAAAAUUCCUUCGAUAACGAUAAUUUUGUAAGGAUCGCUAUAUCUCGAUGAAUUUCAAGUUCGUUAUGUAAAAAUAACCUGCCGAUUAGAAAUUUGCCAGAUUUUUUUAUUGGCCUGUAAUUCCUUUUAUGUUAUCCUAGUUUAGAGAAAGUAGACCGCAAAUACGAACGUUAGGGUGCAGUUGACUUUCCAAACGUCGCAAAAUGCUAAUUUCUAUUUUAUUUGUGUUCAAGAUAUCCAAAAAGAUAUACUGAGAAUCGCGACGAGUGUAAAGAAAUCCCAAGUCUAUGUUACAGAUGCUGAUUUUCCAAUAAAGUGAACGAUUACGGUCUUGUAAAUAGAACGUAUAUUGAAUUCAUGCAGCGACAUCGUUUCGUGCUGAACAUGAAACGU